GGCCCACAUUACAGAGCGUCUGACGUGGUGGGUGGGUGGGUGGCUCAGCGAGGCAUAUAUAGACUCCCGCCAUCGAUACCGACACCACACUCGACAUCUCGGCACGGGCCGACGCUCCGCCAUGAUCGGCGCGGUUCACCUUCUGCUGGUCUGCCUCAGCGCCUCCUUCGCAGCCGAAAAUGUCACAGCACCAUCAGCAGCGGCGCCCAGCCCGGCACCCCUGCCGGACGUGCGACUCAGGGUGGAGUCAAAACAGAGUCACAGAGGCUCCACCAGGGGAGGCGCCUCGGUGUCAUCGCGGUCUGAGGCUCGGGGCGGAGCCAGCGAGAGACUCCGACUGACUGACCUUGACCUCAGCCUCGAGAAGGUCGCUCGCGCAGAGACCAGAGCGGUUACCCGCAGCACCUCAUCCGGAGCCGGAGCCUACGAUCAGUUCGCCGACACCAGAGGAGACGCCAACUCUAUCGGCGCCCGAAAGGCGACCUCGUCCACCCACUCAAUCAGCUUCGGCAACACGACCGGAGGCGCCUACACCGGCGUGGUCACCGGCGCCAACGCCCGCUUCUCCGGAGAGCUCAACGCCACCACCUCACAGGAGGGAGGCGCCAUCCGGCGCAGCAAGCGAACAGACGAGGCGGCCAACAUCGUCCAGUCUGGCGCCAGCAAAAACAAGGGUUUCUUUACGUUCAGGAACUUGGCUGAUAGUGAAGUGAAGCGCUCCGCCGAAGCCGGCCCAGCGCCGAGCCGGGAGCGUGAGACUGUGGCCUCACGGGCCGUUCAGACGGGUCACAGCGAGGGAUCUGCGGUCGUCUUCACUAAUGGCACCGCCGCCAACUUGGCCUCAUCGACCGAAGAUUCGCCAGGAUCCAGGAGAGACCUGGUGGGGAGGUCGAAUGUUGCCGGCAACGCCUCUUCCAUCGGCCACGGCUUCUUCCGGCAUAGUGUUGAGUCCGAUUCAGAGUUGGCGGCGAACCGGACUGCCCUGAGGGCGCUGGCCGUUACCUCCGGCGAUGGUGAGACGCGUCGGCGAGCGAUCCUCCACCAGAGCGCCGAUUCCGGCGGCGCCGGCAGGCACGCCGGGCGAACAUCAUCUACCCCCGGCGCAGACAGCACCAUCAGCGAGCGCAUGAGCGUCGCCGAGGCCCGCCAGAGUCACCUGGCCAGCAGCAGGGGCCAGGGCAACUUCAGCGUCAGCAGUGAAGCUCAGAUGGUGACCGAGGUGCAGAAGCCGAAUGCGUAGACGGUGUCGGCGUCUGAUGUCAUAUCGGCACUGCCGCCGUCGUUGUAUGCGAGAAGAAAGGCACCGAUGGGCGAGAACCCCGCCGUGGGGCCAGGCUGGCAGCAUUGUAUAACAAAAAUGUGACUGCUCGAUGGCCGGUGAUAAAUGAUCGCUGUCUGCCAUUAGAGCAACUUGCGAGUAAUAAGCCUUGAGUGCCAACUACCAUGGCAAUACAUUCUUCAGAAUAUAUUAUGAUAAAGUUUGGAAAUGCUUCAUAAAUAAAUAAAUGUCUCCGUUUUUC